AUGGCUUCCUUUCCAACCUUCUCUUCUUCUUCUCUUCUACUCAAAUCCAACACCAACCGACUCUUUCCCCAUUCACACCUCAACAACAACCCCUCAUGCACUCUCUCUUUCACUUCUCUCUUUCCAACAAAACUCAUCCUUCAUCGACCCAUUUCCUCAACUCGUUCAAUUUUCAUCACCAAUUGCAGUGCUUCCUCCGCAACGGUGCCGUUUAGUCCCCCCACUGACCCGAAUCCACAAUCUGAUGAACCGCAGAAAAUCCCAAAUCCAAAACCAAGGUGGUCUGCGAGGGCUUUAAAAUCAUAUGCAAUGGCAGAAUUGGAAACAAGGAGGCUGAAGUAUGCUAAAGUAGGGACUGAGACUCUUCUCAUGGGGAUUUUGGUUGAAGGAACAAGUAAAGCUGCGAAAUUCUUAAGAGCUAAUGGAAUUACGUAUUUGAAAGUACGCGAACAAACAUUAGAGAUAGUUGGGAAGUCUAACUAUUUUUUCUCCAGCCCCGUAAUUCCUUCUUUAUCCAAACCACUUCAGAAAGCCCUCGAUUUGGCAAUUAACGAGAAAUUAAAGUCAGGGGAAGAAGGAGAAACAAAUGUGACUCAUUUACUUAUUGGAAUUUGGUCACAAGAAGAAUCGGCAGGUCGAAAGGUCUUGUCUGCUUUGGGUUUCAACGACGAAAAGGCCGAAGAAAUUGCUAAAACAGCAGCUAGUGGAGAUAUUGAUUGGAAUUUCAAGAAGCAAGCUUAG